AUGCAAGAAGACCCAGAGGAAGAAGCAGGAUACUACAUUGCCCCAGCACGCGGCCGACCAAACUCGUACGAAGCCAAGCCAAAGCCCCACUAUAGCGUGACUUAUUCCUUCGUGACAUUGAAUGGACAGCAAGUCACUGCCACCACAACGUACUGCUAUAAUCCAGUGCCCCCGCUUGGUGCUACGGAAACGAUCUUGUACGAUCCCGAUAGUCCUACGGUUGGAGUGACGUCUGAAGAACGUAAAGAUGGCUUAAAGAUCGGUGGUACUUCCAUGAUUGUCCUCGGAAUCAUUUCCACGGGGAUCAUUGGAGUGGGGUUGUUUUUUGUCUCUAGGCAGAUAAAGCGGGAUUCCAACAGUUGA